UGUUGUUUUCGUUCUUUCAGUUAAAAAUUUGGAUCCACGACGGAUCAGAUCCCGCUGUUCCGUGUUGUUUUCCGGCGAAUAAACCAAUUUCUCCGGCCGCAAAAUGCCGUACGCCCGCAAGAAGAUGCACGACGGUGACACCCACCUGCGACGUCGCUGGCGACUUCGGUCGCGAACCCGCGACAUGGACCUGAUCGACGAGGACCUGAAGAAAAACUCGGACGCGCUGCUGAACCAGGAAGUGGACUUGGAAAAGCCCGGAUUUGGUCAGUUUUACUGCAUCCACUGUGCCCAGUACUACAUCAACGAGCGCGCCCUGCAGGACCACUUCCGGACGAAGGUCCACAAGCGGCGCAUGAAGAAUCUGGAGGUGGAACCGUACACGCUGGAGGAUUCGCUAAAGGCGGCUGGGCAGGGUAGUUUCGUGCAGCCGCAGAAGCGUAAGAUGGAGACGCAACCUUCGAAGCAGGAGUAUGCGGCCGGGAAGCGGGUAAAGGUGGACGUGGUGAUCGAGGAGGACAAGCCCGCCAAGCAGAACCUUUCCAAGGUGCCCAAGUACGACGGACAGUUUGCACGGAUUAUGGAAGACCUGAAGAAGCCGGCCGAGUGAAUGGCUGCGUUUGGGUUUGUUAUUUGGAUUUAUUUUCAUUUUCUGUAUAUUACAAUAGAGAAAAAACUUGUAAUUUCACCAUGUUGUAGCAGCAGGAAGAGUUGGUUAAUGUGUUUCUAUUGCGAAACAGAUGUUUUCUGCAACGAAAGAAUAACAAGGAUCUACGGCUAAACAACAA